CUUUUUUUCUUUUUUGUUUAUUGUUAUUACUAUCUCUCUUUGUUGUUUCCGAAUAAUAAAUUCUUAUUCUUGUUUAUGUAGAUACUAUAAUACCUAUAAACCUCAUAUAGAAGAAAUGGAAGAUCUUUACUCUUCUUUAGCUACUGCAUCCCUUCAUUUUAAUAACGGUCAAAUCAAAGAUGCUUAUACUACUUUUUUACUCACAACGCAGAAUGCUUUAAGACCACUAUUUGACGUAAAAUUUGUUCAUUGUUCCAUUAUUUCAAAACUAUCACAUUCUGACGAUCUAAUAACUAUUUUACAUUUAUGCAUUGAUUCUAUAGAAAAUAUUAUAAAACAAUAUUCAACUACCAUUCCAACACCAACGAAAACCAUACCUCCCCCAUUACCCCCAAAACCUUCUCAUGUAAACAAGCUGGUCUUGUCUCCAAAAUUAAUGACUCCUAUACCAGCAAAAGAUCGAGCUAUAACAACAAAUAGCAAAAAGGUUCAUUAUAAUACGAAAAAACCUACUAGUAGUAUUAGUGAAUACCAAAUGAAUAUGUUCAUGUGUCAACAACAUGAGGAUGGACCUAUCCCCGAUGGAGAAAUUAACCCAACUCAUCUUGUGCCAGCACAAACAAAUAAUAAUAAUGACACUUUAACCCCUCCUCCAAGUGAAUUAGGAACAUUCAUAAAAAGAGUCGACCCUAUUCCUCAUAUACCUAUACCUCCACUUCUCACGACACACAGGGUAUUACAAGCUAAACUUGAUAAACUUGAGACAGCCUUAAAGGAAUUCCAUACACAAAGAAACCAGCUGAGUCAGGAUGAGAAUCAAAUGAGAGACGAGCUUGAUAUGGCCAUUGCAAAGUAUACACCUUAUAUUGCUGAGGCUAAACAGACAUUAAAUCGAGUUCGUACACUCUAUAUGAGUGCAGCUACUAUCCCUAGUAUACUUCAAUUUCAACCAGGAUUAGUGGCCUAUCAACUAACAAGGAUUGAAUCUGCCAUCUUUCUCGCCAUUCCUCCACACGCAUUACUUACACAUUCACCAAAGAAUCCUCAUCCACGUCUUGUCGCUUCCUCCGAUUUUUUCAACUAUGUAACUCGAGUUAUUGAACAUUCGAUUCUCUUACCUCAGGAGGCCUCCUCUCGAGCGCAACACAUGAAUCAUUGGAUUAAGAUAGCCAGUAAAUGCCAAGAACUGAACAACUAUCAAACCUUGAAGGCCAUCGUCUCUGCGUUAGGGACACCGCCUGUACAACGAUUAAAGAGGACAUGGGCGUAUAUCCCAAAGAAAAGUAUAACUCGAUUAGAGGCCAUGAACGAACUCAUGUCAGAGGCUAAUAAUUAUGGUAAAUACCGUGAACAUAUGGGGAUUGUAUCUACUUCGGUUUUAAAUGGUAAAAGUGUCCAUUUGAUCCAAUCUGAGCAUUACAGGAGACCUACGGUGCCGUUUUUAGGCACCUUUAUUCAUGACAUGACUUAUUUAUUGGCUGCUGUGGGACAGCAAUCAACACCACUAUCCAAUCAUCAUCAUCAUCAUCAUCACCAUACAAAGAUGACGAUACCCAUUCGAACUUCUUCUCAUAACAAUACUCUGUCUAAUAGUGACCCACGUAUUCAAAAACUUUUGCAAAUGCUUGAAAGAUUUCAACUUACACCCCCUUAUGAGAGGAAACCAAAUGCAACAUUAUCAAAAAUAAUCAUGAAUCAUAAAUCUCAAACAACACGACCUGUCUUUUCUCAGGCUUUUCAACGAAGUAAAACAAGUUUUGGGCGAUUAGGAGAAGCAAUUGGUUUUGGUAAUAAUAGUCAACAUCAUACUACAGAGAAUAGUACUCAUUCACUAUCAGGAGGAGGAGGAGGAGGAGUAGGAGAUUUAAUCAUCCAUAGUUCUUUACAGCAAAGCAAUCAUCAUUCUGAAAGUUCUGAUAUGGAAGAGCAACAAAACUUAGUUACACAGUAUUUAUUGAUGCGUUCAUGGGUUAACCAGGCAACUGUGGAUGAACUGAGUGUGAUACGUGAGCCACCAUCUCAUCAUAAGCAUGCCUCUGAAAGAACAAGCAGCAUGGGAAGUCACUACACAAGUUCUAUCAUAAGCAAUGCAAGUUCUUUGAUACUGCUCAGUAAUAAUAAUAACAGUUCUACUACCAAUAGUUGUUUAACAUUAGCUUCAUCCUCAUUGAAUGAUAGCAGUCGACCUGAAAGUUUAGAUGAUAAUCAUUUGUAUAUUUAUGGAAAAGGAUCAGCUAAUCAAAAUGAACCACUUGCAACUUCUUCAUCCACUCUAGUGUCAUGAUUGUAAGAUUUGUAUCUUAAUCUCAAUUUAGAUAAAUAGUCAUAAUAGAAUAUAUAAUGCAUUUCUAUAUUAAUUCUGCCAAUGUAAAUACAAAAAUAUAUUUUUUUUUCCUUGUAUAGGAAAAUAAUUAAUAAAAGU